ACACAUGUAUGACCUUUGACAUGGGGAGUGCUCGUAGAGGUUUUGCGAUAUAAAUAAAAAAUAUUGAGAUUGCUAGAGAAGAACCCACAUGAAAGGAGCAUAGAAACAAGAAUCUCUGUUUUUAUUGAGGUGAUUUCCCAAUCAGAAGAAAACCAUGUCUUCUAAGGGAGGUGGUAGAGGAGUACAUUCGGGAAGAGGAGGGAAAACAAGAGGAAAAUCGACAUCUCGUUCAGCGAAGGCUGGAGUGUUGUUCCCUGUCGGCCGUAUGGACCGAUACCUCCGCAAAAGCACCCACCGCUACCGCAUAGGUUCGGGCGCCCCGGUGUACCUCGCUGCGGUGAUUGAGUAUUUGACUGCCGAGAUUCUUGAGCUGGCUGGGAAUGCAGCAAGGGACAAUCGUAAAGCUCGUGUGACCCCGAGGCACAUCCUACUGGCCGUCGCCAACGACGAAGAGCUUCACCACCUCCUCAAGAACGUUACCAUUGCAAGCGGGGGUGUCCUCCCUCAAAUCCACCCUGAGCUCCUGACCAAGAAGCGUGGUACCAAAGCCAAGUCUGUCUUUGAUUUUGGCCAGGCAAGUCCAAAGAGUUCUGUGUUGCCAAAGAAACCAAAGACACCUGCAGAGAAAAAGCAGCUGCCUGUCGUGAAGAAACCCGUCUCCAAGAAAGCUGCAUCAUCUCCUGCUGCCCUUGGCAAGGGAAAGAGUGCAUCAGCAAAGUCCAUUCUGGGGGAGAAAAAGUUAUUUCUUGGACAAAAGCUAACAGUUGUGAAAGGAGAUCUAACUGAAAUCACAGCAGAUGCUUUGGUCCAUCCUACCAACUCAACAUAUGCGAUGGCAGGAGAAGUCGGAAGUGCACUAGAAAAGGUAGGAGGUAAAUCCUACGUAGAGGAAGUGGUGAAGCUGCGAGGAGCUCAGUCUUUAGAUACGUGUGGAGCUGCCAUCUGCCCUGCCCACAAUCUCCCAGCCAAGUACGUAAUUCAUGUCAACAGCCCCAGCUGGGGUGGGGCUGGUGCUAUAAGCAACCUGGAGAAGUGCAUCAAGAAUUGCCUGGCUCUAGCAGACGAGAAGAAAAUCACCUCUAUAGCCAUUCCGUCAGUUAGUAGCGGCAGGGCUGGUUUUCCAAAGCAGACUGCAGCUGAGACUAUCCUCCGUACCAUCAGCCACUACUUCGUGUCAGUCAUGGCCUCCUCCCUCAAACAGAUCUACUUUGUUCUUUACGACCAAGAGAGCGUUGACGUCUACGUCACAGAACUCAAUAGGCUGGAAACUGAUCAAUGAGGGGGUUCGUUGGACCAAACUUAGAGGAUAUUAGCAUCUUAGCCAAGUUGUACAUGUUUGUAUAUCUCUUUUGUCAUUUUCUAUCGAGUGGAUUAACAUUGAAACAUUUCGGGAGGGUGAGAUACGAGUAUGUGAUUUCUUAAUUCUUUACAUGCAGUAUGUAGUCCCACUAAUUGAGGUGUGUUCUGGAAAGAAGCUUUAUUGUUUUUCACACAAGUAAAAGGAGAUUUGAUAUACAAGCUUUGAGAGUUUAAGGAUACCAGUAAAUAUGUGGUGUCAGUUCCCUUGUUUCAUUGCAGGCCGAGGUUCGAUUGCUCUGCAUUAAAACAUUAGCCAAUGUUUUGGUUGUGAGAAUGCAUACAUCCAGUGGAGCAUUUCAUGAAGUGUGAAUCCCUGACAUUUCCUCUCAGCCAAUCAGAUUCAAGCAUUUCAGUAGCUUUUAACAGUUGGUGAUUUUUUUUUUUCACAAACAAGGUGCUUUAUGAAAUGCUCCUAUCACUAACAAACUAAUUUCAUGUGUGAGCUGUUGUGAUAAACUUGUCGUGACCAUCUCACAAUCCUGAUGGCACUUUCUAAUGCUGCAUCAUAUAAAUGCUAUGCAUUCAAGUAAAUAUUUCUUAAGAUGUACACUCUGUUGUUAAAAUUAAGUCUAAAUUUACAAAAUGAUAUUCUCCUAUAGGAAGUAAGUCCAAAUGACAUUAAUGAACUGCUGUGCUCAUCUAUUAUUUUUAAGUAAUUAAUUUCUUUGAUCUCUAGAGAUGCCUGUAUGUUUUGCUCUUGAAAUUAUAACAAAAGUCAAUCAAUUAUGCCUAUAUGAAAUAUGAUAACAUAACAAUGUAGUACAUGUAGUAAUCUGUUUUGUUUCAUAUGAGUAUGGUAACUAGUGUUGCUACGGCACUUGGAAAGAGGAUUUUUCAUUCAAAAUGUAUAUUUGAUAUCUUACCUCUUUUUUAAAUGAUCAUGAAAGUAAGCUUUUUUGAUGUACAAAAUUGUGAUUUGUAUUUGUAGAAUUUCCCUUAUUUGAUGUCCAUUUAUUGAUAGAUGACGUCAGAUUUUUGUGUAAAUGUAGAUGAGAUACUGUACUUUGAGAGCGUAAGCCUUGUCCGGAGACAAGAAAGAGUCUAGACUGCAAAUAUGAGUGCUUUCACCAAAUUAUGAAUAGAUCAUAGAUAUGGUUAGAUAUUUUUAUUAUUAUUAAUCAUGAUGCUGAUUGUUAGAGGAAAAACUUGUAAUGCCCAUGCUGCUUUAAGUUGAGUUCUUUUGCUUUGGUCAUUUUGUCUCGCCUGCGUAGCAGAGCGAGACUGUAGGCACCGCUUUUCCAACGGCAGCGGCGGCAUCAACAUUGACAUCUCAACCUGUGGUUAAGUUUUUGAAAUGACAUCAUAACUUUGAAAGUAUAUGAACCUAGUUCAUGAAACAAACUUGGACGUAAGGGUAAUCAAGUAUUACUGAACGUCAGGCCUGAGUUUAAGGUCACAUGACUGAGGUCGAAGGUCAUUUAGGGUCAAUGAACUUUUUGGGGGUAAUUGCUGAAUUAUUACCAUUGUAACUUUGUUUAUGGAUCUAGCUCAUAAAACUUAGACAUAAGAGUAAUCAACUAUCAAGUAUUAUUGGCCAAAUGUCAUUUAGGGUCAAUGAACGUAGUAAUAUAUGAUUGUAUGAAUGGUGUUUUUCACGAAUAAUAUAUAGUUGUUUUCAAAGUUAGCACUGCUGAUAUAUUGCAUCACAUAAUGCAGGCAAGACUGCCAGAGGCACUCCACUUGUUUUGAAAUCAGAGAGCUUUCUUGGAGAAUUUACUCUUCUCGGAUGAUUACUCUACUUGGAUGAUUACAGUGUAGCAGAUGUCUACCAUCCAGAAUAGAAUAUCCUUUUAUGCACAGCAGAUCUUAUUUGGGUACCCUAGGUCGAAAGUCAUAUGAUUUGAAUUAAUAGAGCCAAAGAAAUCAAGCAAAACACUUAAAAUUUCAUCAAAAUUACAUGAAAUUAACGAAGUAAGGAUAUGCCAUUUUCGUUUUUUUUUGCAUUAUUUUUGUGAAACAGGUCUAUGCGAGUCAUCUGCAUUGGACAAAUUGAUAUGUUUGUCUUCCCAAUUUUUCGUUUGUAUAUUAUUAUUUAAAAUUUGAAUUACUCUGUAUUUUCUGCUCCAAAUUCAGAAAUUAUGCAAUCUCAUUGAGGCAAAUUAUUUUUUCAACUUUGCAGUCUCUCUAUGUAGGAAAAGGUGAAGUUCUUAUUGAAGGAAAGUGGAGACUUGACAUCGUCAUCUCACUCAUUACAUAUUCUUGCUGUUUCUCCCCAAUUCUGAUGAAAUAUGACUGUUUUUCUUGUAUUAUUUUACUGUAUUUAUUCAAACCAUAUUAUUUCUUAGCCUGGAGUACCGAGUACCCCCAUUUUGCUGUGUAUUCUCCACCUAUGUCUUUAGAUGGUGAAGUCGUUGCCUUACAUUCCAUCCUCUGACAAUGCUUGAAGCGGGUCAAGGAAUGUUUGUGCUGAGACGGCUCAUUUAUGUGAACACCACAUAAAGGCACUUGAGGCUAUAGAUAUUCCCAGUGAUUUUCACAAAACCUAGGGUAAGCGUAUUAUAAUCAACCCUCUUUGACUAACUGAAUUGUCUCUGUCUUUGCAUUUAAAAAAAACUGAAAUAGUUAAUCUUCCUCGCCCGAUCGUAAGUAAGUCUUAGGAAAAACUAAAGGGCAUCAUGAAAGAUCAAAGUGAGUAUUUUUACAUCAUGCAUUCCAGAAGGAAUAAAUUUAUCUUGAAAAUCUUGUUUUUUGAGAAGUCACAAAAGUAUAUUUUAUAAGUAUAUUUCAGAAUUUUUAAAAUGUGUGAAUUGAAUUAUUUGAGCUUAUCAGCUAUCAGUAUAUGAGUAUUGUCUUGAUCUAGAUACAAAGGUGGUUAGAUUAUUAUGUAAUGUUAAUGCAUGAAACUGAUUUUCAAAACAUGACAGCCUAGAUUCUUGGCCCUUUUGUAUGAAAUAUAUUAUUUUGACUCUGUCAUCCAAUGAUUACUUCUAUGGAUGGAAUCAUUGGUUUUGAUUGGCUGUUGGGUCAUCAUGUUACCAUGGUAGUUACCAUUCUAUGUCAAAGUUACCAUAAUAAUUACUUUUAUGAAACUUGGCCCUGGUGUUGUCACUCUGUGUCCAAAGGUGUGAACCUGAUCAUUCUGCAGCUCACAUUUUGACCCCAUUUAGCAGCCUUUCAAGUUGACUUUUAGCCGUAUUUUGUUCAAAACUGGUACAAUAAAAAUUAGUAUUUCGUAUUCUAAGAACACAAGAGCACAUACUAAACCAUGCCUUUCCAAUGUCAAACACACCUUUGCCAAGUUAAAUAUUAGACCAAAAAUUGGAAACUAGGAACAAGGGAAAAAAAAAAGAUUCAAAUUAAAUUGAAUUUUCUGAUAAAGUUGCAUAGCGCCAGCUGAUGGUCAGUUUCCAAUAGUGCAUGUCGCCACAACUGGGCGUUGUGGCGUGCGCCUGUAAUCCAAGCUAUGCGGGGAAGUUACAAUUUGAUGCAGAGGUUCGAGCCCUGGUCACGUCUUUCGGAUGGUGACGUUAAAGGUCGGUCCCAGACGUAAAUAAUCAUAUCUGAUUGAUACACGUCUGACAAAACUCAAAUACACACACACACACACACACAUGUCGAGUUCUCAGCGCAUGUCAUGACAUGCUGACCUGAUUUGAAGCUCGCAAGUUCUAAAAUGUAGAGAAGUAUAUUUGCAAACAUUUUUUGAAGGAAAAAAAACUUUAGAAAAUCGUACCAGCAGAUUGAAUUGCUAUUUCAAUUUCAUUAUUUGCUUAUUUCAGCAAAUGAAUAAAAAAAUGUUUUUGUUGUAUGUGUAUAUAUCAUGUAAGCUCGAAAAUAUAAUAAUGUGUUUUUUAAAUCUCUUUAUAACUAAAGUUAUAUCAAGGCAUACAACAUGCCCUUUUUAUUGCCAUUUUGCAACUCCAUAAAGUAAUAAAAAUUAUUUUGUUUUAUAUAGUGCAAGUACCAUAGCGAAAUUGAAAGGAAUUAUUUAGACAAAUUUGAUAUUUAUAUAUUUCUAUCACAUGCAUAGAACUGCACAUAAUUUCAUAUUAUUUAGUUUCAUAUUAAUAUUCUUAUUAGUUAGGUUUGAAAAACCUUGAUCUUAUGAUUUGAUGGCGUAUCAUGUUGUACUUUUCGAAAAUAUAUUGUGAAUUGCUAGAAAAGUGUAAGCUA